UCCCAGGUUUAGGAGGGAGAGGGAAUUAUUUAAAAAUACUGUUUUAAGAGGUGGAAUGAACUUUAGUUUACUAGAGGUGUUGGGUCAAAGGUCAGGGGUUAUAGGAUACAGAGCACUUAUUAGGUUUUUAGAGAGCACAGGGUUACACAAGAUAAUAUAAGGUGAAUUAAGUAGGGUUAUUUUGGUGUGGUAGUAGGUAGGGGCCGUUCUAAUCCACACUCCAGUCUGGAAGGUGGCGGUAAUGCACCUAAAGCUGGUUGCCAACCGCCAUUAAAAAACAGCUGAAAAAGAAGAAACUAACCCAUCUACCGGAAGCCGGAAGCAUGAAAUUAUCUUGAGCCGGAAGAGAAGCCGCAAUUUGGUGUGUUUGGUGUUAACGUGAGGAGAACUGAUAAGGUUGCAAAGCUGAAGUCAAGGUUUUCACUACUUUUAUUCAACAGUUUUGUGGCGUUGACGCUGUUCCCAAAUCUACGAUGUUUAACAGACAGACGAGCCUUUGGAUGGGUGACUUGGACCCAUACAUGGAUGAAAACUUCAUCAAGCAGGCCUUUAGCGCUAUGGGAGAAUCACCAUUUGGAGUCAAGAUCAUUACUCACAGGAUAACAGGUGGUUCAGCUGGAUACUGUUUUGUGGAGCUGGCAGAUGAAGCAAGUGUUGACCGCUGUGUCCAGAGACUCAAUGGGAAACUGGUUCCUGGAUCAAACCCGCCCCGGAAGUUUAAGCUAAACUAUGCCACCUAUGGGAAACGGCCGGAGGCAGGGCCUGAAUUUUCAGUGUUUGUAGGCGACUUGGCUUCUGAGGUGGAUGACUUUCAGCUACACCAGGUUUUUAAGAAGUAUCCUUCCUGCAAAGGAGCCAAAGUCGUCACCGACCAGUAUGGAUACUCCAGAGGUUAUGGCUUUGUCAAGUUUGGGGAGGAGAGCGAGCAGAAGAAGGCGAUCGACGAAUGCCAGGGAACGAUGCUUGGGGGGAAGCCGCUCAGACUCAGUAUUGCUGUAGCAAAGAGCCAGAAGUUGAGCAGUUACCAUGGAGGUCAGGGCCAGAACUACCAGAACUACAACCAGUCUCAGUCUAGUUACUAUGGCAGCCACAGCGGGGGGGGUAGUGGCUACACCAUGGGCUACAGCUACAACUACGGACCCUAUGGAUACCCUCCACCAGGCCACAUGAUGCCUCCCCCUCCCCUGGGGAUGCCACCAAUGUCCACUGACAUGUCAGGAGCUGUAGAGCAGAGUCAUGAGGAGACUGAUGAUACAGAGGAUGACAAUGCAGAAGAGCCCAUCCCCGAAUGUGACGUGGAGCAGUGGAACAAGGAUUUUAUGCAGCGCAGCGAGGAGCUUUACGACGCCAUGAUGAACUGCCACUGGGAACCCCUGAACUCUGUUGACUCCCCCAUCCCUUCACCCUCUUGAUAACUUCUCUUCUGAUUCCCACGUAACUGUGGAAUAUUUAAAUUUUUUUCAUGAUUUUCUACUCCCCUGUCAUCUUACAUUCACCCCUUAUAAAGGCCACUUCAGCUUACUGUCUCAGUACGGGAUCUGACCACAAAUGUACUUGAUCCUCUUCAAAUACGCAAACAUUCACUUGAUUUCAGUGUUUACCAUAUUGGUAACAUACAGAGGGUUGGUCAGAAAUCAGAAGUUGAAAAGAAAAGAAAUUGCAGUGUAGUCCAUGCUGUUUAGUUUAAACCUUGCUAUACAGUAGCGCUUCAAGUGUAGGGAUAAAGUGUUGAAGUUGUCUUUGCUGAUGACAGGCACAGUAGUUAUAGCAUGGCAAACUGUUGUGUGUCUGUAAGUCACCGUUUAAUGCCACAGAGAAAUCUACACCACUGUCAUUUAUUUUUGUUGAUCAAUGCUGAAGUAGUCACACUAGCAAAAGCUAAAUUGAAUAUGGCCCCAACUCUUAAAGAGAUUGUCCUCUGAAGACUAUAGAUAAAUAAUAUGCCGUUAAUGUCAUUUGCCAUGUACUUCAGUCCAGAGUGGUCAUGUUUUUAAUGUAUAUACAAUAAAUCAGUCUGUCUUAUCUUGUUCAUUUUGAUUGAAUUUUUCUUUUUUGUUUUUCUGAUAAACAUUAUCUUUACAUCUUAUUUAAUUAGCAUCAUCUACGUAUGGAGAAAAUCAACCAGAAAUGGGGCUUAUCACUGUUUUCCAGCUUUGUGGUUUUGUAUAAUAGACAAUUGAUACAACCUUUCAAUACUUAUACUUAAACUGUAUGCAAUGUUUUUGUGAGGUACUACAUGUCAAGGCAGCUUUAAUUCCCUGCUGUCUGAUGCCUGUAAGGGUUUUCUUUCUGGAGAUGUUUUAUCAAAAAUACAAGUUACAGAGGAAAUUGGUCUUCUCUCCUUUCUUUACAGAGAAGUGAAGAAUGAAAUGUUACUCCACACAGCAUGUAAAUUCCUCUUCAUUUGGAAACAUGAGAAUAUUGUAAAUGGCAAAUCCAUCACAUCACAGUUGAUGUUUUAUGUAAUAGUUCCAUGAAAAUGGAGGAGAUUUGCAAUGAGGACCAAGUUAAACAAUUACAUUUUUAUGUGUUGAUAAGCACGGCAAUAGUCUU